UAGCCAGCUCACUUCCCUCGUUCGAAUAGGGAGAUAGAUAAAAGAAACGAAACUCUAUAAAAUAUCAUUAAGAGAAGAAUAUUCUCAUUCCAGCUUAAAUAAGUAAGACUUGACUCUUUGUUCACUUUGUUUUCUCGCUCCUUGCUGGCGAAGAAGCGGCAUAUCAAAAAAUAAAGAAAGAAGCAAAAUCUCAUUCAAUUUGAAAUAUAAGAGAUCUCUAUGCCCCCUGUUCUUGGUUUUCUCCCAUGCUUUUGUUGGUCAACAACCAACCACAACUUUCUAUAGUUCUUCACUACUCCUAGAGGCUUGACGGAGUGAAGCUGUCUGGAGGGAAUCAUUUUGUUGAAAUCAAUUAAUCUAAUCAUGCCUCAACUGGAUAAAUUCACUUAUUUUUCACAAUUCUUCUGGUUAUGCCUUUUCUUCUUUACUUUCUAUAUUUUCAUAUGCAAUGAUGGAGAUGGAGUACUUGGGAUCAGCAGAAUUCUAAAACUACGGAACCAACUGCUUUCACACCGGGGGAAGACCAUCCAGAGCAAGGACCCCAACAGUUUGGAAGAUCUCUUGAGAAAAGGUUUUAGCACUGGUGUAUCCUAUAUGUAUGCUAGUUUAUUCGAAGUAUCCCAAUGGUGUAAGGCCGUCGACUUAUUGGGAAAAAGGAGGAAAAUCACUUUGAUCUCUUGUUUCGGAGAAAUAAGUGGCUCACGAGGAAUGGAAAGAAACAUAUUAUAUAAUAUAUCGAAGUCCUCUCCUUCAAAUACUGGAAGGUGGAUCACUUGUAGGAAUUGUAGGAAUGACAUAAUGCUAAUCCAUGUUGUACAUGGCCAAGGAAGCAUAAAAUGAUUCUUUCAUUCUAUAGAUACCUCUGGUAGGUAAAGCACUCUACUGUGCUUUAUUGAAAGUUCCCAUCGCGGGGGCGAGGAUACUUGCCUUCGCGGUUCGACUUUCUUUUCAGGCUUGACUCAUUAUUUUCCGGUCCUCUCACACCCCUUUAGAGCUCUUUAUGAUGCCCACUGAGUAAGAUUCGGGGGCUUCCCGGCGCAGAAGCUCAUUCUGAACCGCGGGAACCUUCGUCUCUUCGACACAAACGUUUUAUGAAGAGGCUGAUGGUGAUGAGGAUCCAUGCGCACUCAAAUAAAAGUAGCUAGCCUGGUUCCUAUAGGCCGUGGUCAACGAGAACUUCUAAUCGGGGACCGACAAACUGGAAAAACGACUAUUGCUAUCGAUACCAUAUUAAACCAAAAGCAAAUAAACUCAAGGGCCACCUCUGAGAGUGAGACAAUGUAUUGUGUCUAUGUAGCGAUUGGACAGAAACGCUCGACUGUGGGACAAUUAAUUCAAACUCUUGAAGAAGCGAAUGCUUUGGAAUAUUCCAUUCUUGUAGCAGCCACCGCUUCGGAUCCUGCUCCUCUGCAAUUUUUGGCCCCAUAUUCCGGGUGUGCCAUGGGGGAAUAUUUCCGCGAUAAUGGAAUGCACGCAUUAAUAAUCUAUGAUGAUCUUAGUAAACAGGCGGUGGCAUAUCGACAAAUGUCAUUAUUGUUACGCCGACCACCAGGCCGUGAGGCUUUCCCAGGUGAUGUUUUCUAUUUACAUUCCCGUCUCUUAGAAAGAGCGGCUAAACGAUCGGACCAGACAGGUGCAGGUAGCUUGACCGCCUUACCCGUCAUUGAAACACAAGCUGGAGACGUAUCGGCCUAUAUUCCCACCAAUGUGAUCUCCAUUACUGAUGGACAAAUCUGUUUGGAAACAGAGCUCUUUUAUCGCGGAAUUAGACCUGCUAUUAACGUCGGCUUAUCUGUCAGUCGCGUCGGGUCUGCCGCUCAGUUGAAAGCUAUGAAACAAGUAUGCGGUAGUUCAAAACUGGAAUUGGCACAAUAUCGCGAAGUGGCCGCCUUUGCUCAAUUUGGCUCAGACCUUGAUGCUGCGACUCAGGCAUUACUCAAUAGAGGUGCAAGGCUGACAGAAGUACCGAAACAACCACAAUAUGCACCACUUCCAAUUGAAAAACAAAUACUAGUCAUUUAUGCAGCUGUCAAUGGAUUCUGUGAUCGAAUGCCACUAGACAGAAUCUCUCAAUAUGAGAAAGCCAUUCCAAAUAGUGUCAAACCUGAAUUACUACAAGCCCUUAAAGGUGGAUUAACUAACGAAAGAAAAAUGGAACCAGAUGCUUUCUUAAAAGAAAGAGCUUUAGCUUUAAUUUAGCUUUCAUCACAUUAGGAAUCCUCAAUCAGUAAGAAAGAAAAGUUCUUAAGCAAAGACUGGAGAGGCCCCCGGUCGAGAUGUAGUAAGUAGGUCUCCAAUACUGGGAGACUGAGGAGAAUGGGAGUUUGUGGGUUGAGGGUGGCAUGCUCCCCAGGGCCCUCUUUU